UCCGCGUCCCGGCAGCACCAGAGCUGGCGGCCGGGGAGCCAGCGGGGCACACCGAGCGCGCAGCACCGAGCGCCGCGCGACCUCAGCGGCGUCGCCUGGAGCACGGGCGCUGCGGGACGGAGCCCAGAGCGGGGAGGCGGCGGGGACGGCGGCCCCACCUCGAGUCCAGACCCGUCCAGGGCACGGCCAUCUGCAGAGCAGAAACCCCUCUCUUGGGACCGUUCAUAAACAAGAGACACCAACCAACACUGCCAUGCCAGUGCCGCCGCCGCCCCCACCUCCUCUGCCUCCACCUCCCCCGCCUCUAGGAGCUCCUCCCCCACCUCUGGGAGCUCCUCCCCCUCCCCCACCAUCAGCACCUCUGGUCAGCACUGACACUUCAGGCUUGAGGAAGCCAGAUCCGAAAGGUCGGAGUGCCCUGUUGGCUGAUAUCCAGCAAGGAACUCGCCUGCGAAAAGUCACACAGAUCAAUGACCGCAGUGCCCCACAAAUCGAGAGUUCAAAAGCAAGCAACAAAGAAGGAGGAGGCUCUGCCAACUCCCGAGGAGGAAACACACCCCCAGUCCUGGGAGAUCUCUUCGCUGGUGGCUUUCCUGUGUUGCGACCAGCAGGCCAGAGGGAUGUAGCAGGUGGCAAGACAGGGCAGGCCCCUGGUUCUCGAGCGCCUUCUCCCCGGCUUCCCACCAAAACCAUUAGUGGCCCGCUUAACCCCCCUGCAUCUCCCAGGCUAGGCAAUGCUUCUGAGGCCCAAGGCGCUGCCAGGAUAGUCCCUCCUCGCCCCAAUGUGCCCGCCCCACCUCCACCUCCUCCGCCCCUACCUCCACCUCUACCACCGUCUUCCCCCACCAAGGCCUCGCUGGUGUCCCCACCCGGCCUACCGACCAAAGGGAGCUCUCCUGCCAUUGCACCCACUGUCCCCUGCCCUCCUCCGCCUCCACCUCCGCCACUUCCUCCGACUCCACCCCCUCUGCCCCCGGCCUCCCUACUCAGUGACAAGGCAGUGAGGCCUCAGCUGGCCCCCUUGCACCUCCCGCCCAUCCCGCCCCCGCUCCCUCUCCUCCCACCCUGUGGGUAUCCAGGACUCAAUGAGGAGCCUGCCAGCCCCGCCCAAGAGGUGCCAGAGCCUCCCGCCCCGCCGCCGCCGCCCCCUCCGCCGCCCCCACUCCCCCUGUAUGCUUCCUGUUCGCCCAGGGCUUCGGUGCCAGCGCCUCCCUUGCCAGGCGCUAACAACAGCAGCGAAACCCCUCCCCCGCUGCCCCCCAAGUCCCCCAGCUUCCAGGCCCAACAGCAGAAGGCCAGCGCGCAGGGCUUGCCCGCACCACCUGGCCCUCUGGGACCUCAGCCGCUCCUGCAGAAGAGGAGGAUCUGCAGAGGCCCAGGGACCAGUGGUGGAAAGCUAAAUCCACCUCCAGCACCUCCUGCAAGAUCACCCACCACAGAGCUUUCAAGCAAGAGCCAGCAGAACCCUGCCUGGACCCCCACCCAGCAGCCCGGAGGUCAGCUACGGAAUGGAAGCAUGCACAUCACCGAUGACUUCGAGUCUAAAUUCACGUUCCAUUCUGUGGAAGACUUCCCCCCUCCGGAUGAAUACAAACCAUGCCAGAAGAUUUACCCUAGCAAGGUCCCCCGAAGUCACACACCUGGUCCCUGGCUCCAGACCGAGGCAGCUGGACAGAGCCCAGAUGACAUCAAAGGCAGAAAUGCUCAGUUAUCUCUAAAGACACUCCGGUGAGAAGACGGAUGAAGCCAAGGUCCAGGGGUUCCAUGUCACAGGAUGAACAUGUCAGGCCCCACCAUACUCAAGCUGUAUUCAGUCGACAUACAGGCUCUGAAAGGAGCGCUUAUUUAUUGUAAAUACGUGGUUUGCACGGGCUUUAAAGCAACAUUUUAGUCCACUUUGAGUUAUUUCAGUAAUAUUUUUAAAGACAACCACCAUUUCUCCAUUAUUUAAAAUGUAUCUUGGCAUUUGUCUGUACAUACAGAGCCCUGCCCCACUCCAUUGUGUCUAUCCUGUGACUGUACAUAUGCUUGCGGGCUGGCCCUUCCUAGACUCUGAACCAUUUUUAGACCGUCCUUAGUUUGUAGGUGGUCCCAAAGUCCUAAGUAGUCACAAAAGCUUCUUAUUGGCAUGACUUUAUAUUCUCAUUGCACCAACUGCAAAAUCAAACCAAAUAAUGCCUUAUAAACGAUGCAGCUCAGAGGAAGUAGUGUGUGCCCAUACCCCGACGGUGCCGCGCAGCCUCCGGGGAGUGAGAUGUCACGUCUCACUUCCAUUUUGCAGUACAGGGAUGUCUUUUUGCUGCCUAAUGUAAAUAUACUGCAGUGUAAAGGCAGGAGUGGGCUCAGCCCCUCCAGUGCCUUCCACAGGGCCCUUUUGUAACUGAAUUAUCCUACAAGUAGCCAAUGCUCUUACUGUUUACAGUGCUCCUAGUGCCCAUGUCUCCAUCACUUCCCUCCUGUCCCUCCAAAUUCCCAGCCCCAUCCUGGUAGUCCAGGUGAGGUCACCUUUAUGAGAUUUUGGUAUUUUUUUUCCUUUAGGAAAAAACAUACACUAAUUCUGAUUAUCAUGAACUGCUAAUUCUAUCCCAGAAGUCUCCCAAUCUCCCAAAGAGGUUGCAAAGAUUUCCAUGGAAUAUAUGAGAAACGUGUAAAACAAAAUGUCUGAAGAAAUAUAUGCCUCAAAUAUCUGGCCACCGCCCCACCCUGAGAAUCUGGGAACCACCCAUAGGCCACACUCAGCCCCCUUCCCAGCUGAGGGAAGAUGUCACAGGUCCACAGCUUCCCCUUCCCCUGUAAUGGGCACCUGGGGGCGGGUGCACAUUCAGCUCCCUGAUGAUGCAGAGUCCAGCUGGGCUGGAGCUGCCCUUUACCUUUCCUUGAGCCAGCAAGGGCAUGGAAGUGGACAGGGAACGCUGACACAGAUAAAGGAGAGAGACUAGGAGGAAACAGACUGAGAUCCCUGAGGAAAUCGGAGAGGGAGAAGAGGAGGAUAGCAGAAGUUUGCUUUGGAACAACCCACUCAUGCCCUUGAACCUUGAGGAUGCGUGACAGUGAGCCACAGUGAGCUGGGUUUGGCCAACGUGACUGCAGACCCCUCGCUGUGGUCUGGAGCCGAUCAAGCUGGUGUCUUGCAUCGGUGUGUGCUUGCUCAUCCCAGGUGGGAGAAACUGAGUCAGCGUCAAGUAUGCAUCUCUGGGGCACAACUCAGGCCAAAUUGUAACAGCUAAAAUCAGUGGGAAAGAAGCUUUCGCAGGCCUUUUGCAUUAUUGAUUUAUUGUAUUGGUUCUGGAAGUUUUCCAAGAAGUCUAGGAUUUCAUUUGGGGGACAGUAUCCACUCUGCCUUCCUUCCGGUUGCAUAAAAUAUUUACAAGAGCUUUAAUUUGCAUAAUGGAGAAGGCCCUAGACACAGGCAGUUCCACUUUGGAGUGGACUGCCGGCCCUGGUGAGGCGUUCAGAAGUUCUGCUGGGAUAGAAAAUUUAUAAUAAAACCAUUCAAGAACAGAGGGAAGGAAGGAGCAGAAACCAAAAAAUGGCAAAUAGGGAGCAACCUCAGGAAUCCAGCAUCACGUGUGUCCUCGAGACCUGUCACUGAACGCACACCCUCCAAGCUCGGGCAGUGUACAGGCUGAGCCCCUUGACCGUGGACUCAUCAGAGAGGCGUCCCUGCCACCUCCCACAUCCUCACUGACCCUGUUGUCUGUGACUCUCCCCCUGUUUCUCCUGUAUUUUAUAUUUAUUGAUGCCUUCCUCUGCAGAUUCAUUUCUUUGUACCUAAUAAACUAACUUUAAUAAGUGGAAA